AACAUUUUCAACUUGCAACCGAUUUCACAUGAAAGAUUUCAUUCAUAUCGACAGCUCCAUCUCACAAACAAUUCAACAACCCGGGUCAACCAGGCAGUUUAACCACCACAAAAAAAGCCAAUCCGGAAAUACACAGAACUUCGAAAGAUAGGCUCAACAUCGACUCAGCUCUCACCUCACUCCGUCUCUUUGAGGCGGCACCAACCACAACCAUGCCCAUCACAAUCCUCCCCCCCAAACCCUCCCGCCCCAUCAACAACCACCAGCACCCCUCAGAAGACGAUGUCUCAGCAGCCUCAGACAGCGACUCGGACGCCGGCGCGGCCAUCGACCAAGACGGCGACCACGCCAUGCACCCACCCACCAAACGCACCCGCCUAACCACCACCACCACCAUUAGCAACCGCACAGCCGCCGCCGCAGCCGCAGCAGCCUCAAUCGUAACCCCCGGCGAGCAAAUCACCGACGACCCGCAAUGGAUGCGCGGGCACGGGACCUACGUCGCCGGCACCGCCGCGGGCUCCGCCAGCACCAUCACAGCGGGCUCCAUCGUCUCCUCGGUCGCCGGCACCGUGACGCGCACCAACAAGCUGCUCUCCGUGCGGCCGCUGCGGGCGCGCUACACGCCCGAGGUCGGCGACCUCGUCGUGGGCCGCAUCGUCGAGGUGCAGGCGAAGCGGUGGCGGGUGGACGUGGGCUCGACGCAGCUGGCCGCGCUGCCGCUGAGUGCGAUUAAUUUGCCCGGAGGGAUUUUGAGGAAGAGGACCGAGACGGAUGAGUUGCAGAUCAGGACGUUUUUCGCCGAGGGGGAUUUGCUGGUGGCGGAGGUGCAGCAGCUGUUUGGGGACGGCGGGGCGGUGCUGCAUACGCGGUCGCUGAAGUAUGGGAAGCUGAGGAAUGGGGUGUUUGUGGCGGUUGCGGGGAUGGGGGGUGGUGGGGGGGUGGUGAGGAGUCGCAGGCAGGUUUGGACUAUGGAUGCUGCGAAUGGGGGGGGGCAGAUCGAUGUGGUGCUCGGGGUGAAUGGGUACGUGUGGAUUAGCAGGCAUGUCGAGACGCCCGAGGCCGAGGCGGCGGGGAAGGGCGCCGCGGGGAUUACGAAUAUGGAGGAGAGCGUGAGCACGACGAUGUAUUCGAGUCAGAACGACCGGAUUGAGGUCGAGGCCAUGAGGGAGAUCGCGCGGCUGCGCGGGGUGGUGACGGCGUUGGUUGAGAACGGGCUUCGGGUGGACGAAGAUAUGGUUGUUAGGGGGUAUCACGAGGCCGUGGAGAUGGCCAUGGUGUCGCCUGAGGGGUCAGACGACAUCUACCUGGGUGGUGAGAAGGGGCAGCAGCUCGCUGCCGCGCUCACGGGGGUUUAACCCUUCUGCCACUCUCAAAUAGAAAAAUGAAGCGACGUUCCGCCAGUGUAACUACCUGAGGGUAUCUAUGCAAUCUCGGUUCCUACGAGCCUUUCCUCCCUCC